AGGGGUACCUACACUCACAGUGACAGUAGACCCACUGCUACUUCCGUUUGGUCGCACUUAGCUUCCGGUUCGGGCCAAAGGUUUUUAGAUGGUGCUUUGCUGAGCGAUCGAGCAGGCGGGAAAUCAGUCGGGUUAGGGCGGUGUUAUUGCCUGUUCCCCGCCUCUUUCCUUGCUGCUGACUGACUGAGCGUGGGGACUAUCGGCACGGCGAGCGAGGGCCCGGGGGAUCGGAAACAUGAGUUCUGCGGCGGGUGAUGAAAUCAUUCACAUCGCCAAGAAGAUGGAGCGGAUGGUGCAGAAGAAAAACACGGCAGGAGCUCUGGAUUUAUUGAAAGAACUUAAAAAUCUUCCUAUGACCUUGGAGCUGCUUCAGUCCACCCGGAUUGGAAUGUCUGUGAAUGCCAUCCGUAAACAAAGCGGGGAAGAAGAAGUGACUUCUCUAGCCAAGUCUCUUAUCAAGUCCUGGAAAAAGCUCUUAGAUGGACCAUCAGCUGACAUGGAAGAAAAGAGAAAAGAUCAACCAGCACCUGCACAGAAUAGCCCAGAAGCCAGGGAAGAGAGUUCUAGCACAAACAUUAGUGCCCGAAAGGAAGAAUGUCCAGCUCCUUCAGACGGCUUCAUUACUUCUUUUCCCAGAGCACCUAGUACUUCAGAUUCAGUAAGAAUUAAAUGUCGAGAGCUAUUGGCUACAGCACUAAAAACAGGAGAUGACCACAUUGCCAUUGGUGCUGAUGUUGAUGAACUUGGUGCUCAGAUCGAGGAAGCAGUAUUUCAAGAAUUCAAAAACACAGAAGCAAAAUACAAAAACAGAAUCCGGAGCAGAAUUGCAAACCUCAAGGAUGCAAAAAAUCCAAACCUGAGAAGAAAUGUUCUAUGUGGAAACAUUGCUCCUGAUUUGUUUGCAAGAAUGUCUGCAGAGGAAAUGGCUAGUGAUGAGCUGAAAGAAAUGCGUAAAAAUCUGACCAAAGAGGCUAUCCGAGAGCAUCAGAUGGCCAGGACAGGAGGCACAGAGACUGACCUGUUCACCUGCGGGAAAUGCAAAAAGAAGAAUUGCACUUACACCCAGGUUCAGACCCGAAGCGCUGAUGAACCGAUGACAACAUUUGUCUUUUGUAACGAGUGUGGAAACAGAUGGAAGUUUUGCUAAUGGGAGAAGACACCACUACAUCUAGAAAAAAAGAAAGGAAGAGACCAUUUUGUAACUAGCCAAAUCUUGUAGAUUUCCGCAGAGAAGUUCCAAUCCGGAUUUAUCCAUAGGACUUGCUGGGUUUUUAAGUUCGAUCACUUUGUGAAAUAGUUUUCUUUCACAGCAGGGAGAGUAUGCACCAAUUUUUAUGGUGCAUGUUUAAAAAAACAAAAAAGAAAGAAAAAAAAAUGUUUUUAUAACUGAGGCAGCAUUAAACUUUUAUUGAUACAGUUGUGCCAUUCGUUCCCUUGCUUUUGGCGUUAGAGCUUCCAUAGAACUACUCCUGAUCGUAGUCCUUUUCCCUAACUUAUAAAUACUUUGUGUUUCUUAUAAAGUGGCAUUAUACACCACUGUCUGCUUGCAGGUACGGCCCAGCGUCAUGCAGCAUCUGGUGAAAUAUUGAAUACUAUGUGGUCCAAUUUCCAGGCCAAUUGCACAUUUUCUGCUGCGCUUUUCCUAUGAAUUUUAAGCCCUGUGAUGUCGGGUCAUGCAGCUCACAUCUCUUUGGAGAAUAAGCAUAUAAAGGAGAGUCAAACUCGAAAUAUUAUUUUUAAAUACUUGAUUCCCAAUAGGGUUGGUUACUUUUUUUGCUGUGCUUUAGAAUUUUGUUCUUUGCUAGUGGUGUCAGGUUUUCCUGUCACUGCCAUGAGCACAGAUGAAAGCAGACUUUAGUGGACCUGCCUUGAUGAAAAUGUUUGCGUCACUGUGCCCAGACAGAAGUGCUGCCUGAUCUGCGUUCCCUUGUAACAGUGGGCUGCACUUAUCAAAUUGCUAUGGGGGGGUGGGUUAACAGCCAUUUAAUAAAUAAAGUGUUAUCCUGAAACAUGGCAAGUGGAUUCUCACUAAUAUGCUACCUUAUGUCAGAUGUUAAAAUAAUGUAUCUUCUUGGCAAUGUUGCUUUGCACUAGGUCCCUGUACGUCACAACUGUUAGUAGAAUAUAAGUUGGCAGUCAGUGUUUGCUUUCUUCUCCCCCUGGGUUUAGAGUGUGCUAGUUUUAAUGGUUUAUUGACAUGCGCAAUCCAGUUUCAUAGUGAGAAAUACUGUACACCGGAUUUCAUGGAACACACCCUAAAAAUGUCGUUCUACUGUGCUCUGUCCCAACCAUCAUUUUAUGUUCAUACCUGUAAGCUGUAAUGUUCUCUAAGUAAAUGCCUUUGAUUACUUUA